ACCCUCUUUUAUGAUGCUCGCCAACAUUAAAAAGUGAUCCUCCGUUUUAAGGAAUGAAUUGCAUGCCAUUCGAAACAGAAAUAAUUAAGAGAAUCUUUGACGAUAGUUUCAUCCUCUGGCCAAACCGUUUAUUUUCCCAAGUGGCGCCUCGUACGUUAUGCCGCUUUUGAUUGGCUUUUCUCCCAUCGCUUCAUGUCGUCAGACCACGUACCAUAUGGCUAAUGUUUGGCUACAGAACGAGACAAAAUGAAUAACAUUAUUCAUUUUUCUUUCACUACUUUCACAUUCAUUAAAGGAUGAAAGUGAAAGUUUUAUUUUAUAUCCUUUGAAAUUGUAUCGAUAUAUUUCAGUCAACACGUGAAAGGAUAAGCCAUAAGGAUAAAAUCAUAAAUGAGCUCGGAAAAAAGAGAUAUUUGAGUUCGGUGUAUUUAAUUGACUUUAAAAUGAGAGAAAUGAGCUCGGAAAUUAAUUUAUACUCUGAAAAUAUAUAAAUGAGUUCGGUUAAUUUUAUUUUUGACGAUGAAAAGAGAGAAAUGAGCUCGGUAAUUAAUUUAAGACAAUUAGUUAAUGAUUUUGUAUAGUAUAUUUAACAAGAAAAAAUAGUUCUGGAACAAAAAAGGUGCUAGAUUACGAUAGUUUAUCUUUGAUAUUCAGCCUUUUGUUAAAGCUAAUUUAACUUUCUUUGGACGGUUUUUCCCUUAUUUAUCCCAUGUGGCUAUUUUUAAAACGAUUACGCAUCGACAGAAAAGAAAACAGAUACAUGAAGUGAAUAAAAGUGGAAGCUUCGUUAUUCAUUCUCCUUUCGUCCAAAUGAAACACUACUAUAUAUGGAUAACGUUACAGAAAAGAAGAACUCUCGUUGGACGUUAGACAAACAGAAUGGAAAAGUAUAACGUUAGGCAUUCAUCUCGUCACUAUACAGAACGCCUUCUACUCCGAGGAUCUUCUAGAAAACCGGUUACAAAGCAAGACUUGAAGUAGAAGGACUACCGGUUUUAAGAGAGUAUUAGGUCUUUAAAAAGCCAUAGAACCAUUAGGAAGGUAUCGAUUUGUAACCGGAGAAGACUCUUCUGGAAUCUUUUUCAUGAUCCGGAAAUUAAUUACAUUAGCUUCUACGUCAAUAUUUAUCCAUACAACCAAAUUUUUAUAGAACUUGACCCUAAACUAAUGGUUUCAUUGAAAGAUGAUGUGAAUGAUUUUGGACAAAACUGUCCAAAUUUGAAUCAAAAUCAACUAUUUGAAAAUGGAAACGAAUUUCAAAAAACACAAGGCGUACUUUGUUUUACAUCUGACGGCGAUUCGAAUGACAUAGGAAAUAGAACUAGCUAAUGCAAAAAACUAAAUAGGUUUGGAAAAUGACUGAAGAGCACUUUUAGGACUCUCGGCUCGAAUAGCGCCUUACAUCCGACUUUUAGUCUCGAAGUUUAAACUUACUUUCCUAUAUUCAGUCUUUUACGCUGACUAUGAAAGACGUUGUUUUGAGGCUUCAAAAUAGUCUGAGUUAUUGUAUUUUUUUAAAAUUUGAUUAUUUUUUGAAAUUUUAGGUUUUUCAAGUUUCUGUCUUAAAGUUUUUACUUUUAAAAUUUGCAGUAGAAAAUUUGAAAACUGUAUUUUCGUAACCAACUUGGUGUGCUCUAUCAAACAAUGUAUAAAUAAGUCAAAAAAAUAAGUGAUCAAAGCAUAGUUAAGUUUCUUUGGUAAUUCUCUGCUGUACCAAACAUUUGACAUUUGACAUUUGUCGGAAGCUGAAGGUAACUAGAAAGUAAGUCACAAAAUCAAAUACAUAAACAUGACCAUACAUACAUUAUUUUCGCAUCAUUAAUUGAUCAUUGAUUAGCAAUUUUUGUAAUAGAUCUUUAACAUCUCAUUUUCGUGGACCUGGGCCCUAAUCAUUCUUAUAUCGAGAAGAAAAAUAAAGUGGAGGAAAAAUUGUAAAACAAUUACCAAAACAUAAAAAGAAAGUCAAGUCGCAGAUUAAGGAUGAAACAGUUACUGUAGAAGGGGAAUCGUUUAUGUAACUACGUAUGCAAUAUACUUGUUUUAUGAUAAAAAUCGUAAUUCUAUUUUUUAUUAUUAUUGUGAAUAAAAGAAGUCACACUAACGAGUUUUUAAUGCGUCUUCAUGAACUAUUAAUAGGAAUUGGAGGAAUUCUAUUCUGAUGUAGUUCUGAUUAUAUACAUAUAUAAAGAUUGGUAACUGACGCAAUACACAUACAGUCAAAAACAUAUUUCAAUAAACAAUAAUGUUGGUCAAAAGUUGUACACAACUCAUCAUUCUCAGUUUACUUCUAAUUCAUUUGUCAACGUUAGUUCAAAGUCAAACACUAUCACCAGUUAAUUGUACAACAGUUCUAGCUCCAUAUUUUUCAUGGUUAACAACAACACAUGCCGGUUAUUCACGAUCACUUAGCGUACAAGCAUCAAUGUUAUUAAAAGAUAAAUGGGUUUCAUAUUAUUCAGGUACAUUGGCCUAUUCAAAACCGACCACGACAAUUUUUUUGUUAAGGUUGAAUACUGUUGAUAGUCUUGUUGGUACGUCACAAGUUUGGUUCAGUGAUCGUUUUUACAAUCCACCAUGUAAUACACAACUUUGUUUGGACGAGCAAUUAUUUUCAUAUAAAAGUCCCGAUACACAAACAAUUCAAAUUUAUCGUGAUGGUACAAUUGGAUUUACAUUGAAUAGUUGGGGAAAUACAAAAUCAACAGAUCAGUUACAAUGUUUCACCGACGGAAUUUUCUAUUGUGCACCGACACAAUCACAAGUAUCGAUGUUUAUGAUGUCAAUUCAAAUGAAUGAAUAUGAAAUACCGAGAUAA